UUGAUAUUAAAAAAUAUAAUUAGACACCUAAGUAUUAUAUUUUAGUAAAUAAAAGUGUAAUUUUAAAAUUAAAGUGAUAGGCCGGGUUUAAUACUGUUAAAAACGUAUGUACAUAAAGUGAAACAUGUCAAAAGCAGUUGAAAAGAAAACACUGUGUCAAAAUUCAAUUUUGGAUACUUUAAAAAAAGCUACCACAAAAAAUUCGGAAUGGCCCGACAAAGAUGAAUUUCUUGAUGUGAUUUAUUGGGCAAGGCAAAUCCUUGGACUCAUUGCUGGUCUUUUAUGGGGACUUUUACCACUAAAAGGACUAUUUGGACUAGGACUAUUUUUGGUGCUCAAUGCUGUAUUAUUAUACGCAUAUUUUACWAAUUUCCAACAAGUUGACGAAGAAGAAUUUGGUGGAGCAUGGGAAUUAACCAAAGAAGGAUUUGUCACUUCAUUAGCAGGAUUUUUGGUGAUGUGGAUAAUAGUGUAUUCCGGAAUGCAUUUUGAUUAGGUACAAAAACAUUCCACAGUAAUAUUUUGUUUAAUUGUUUUUAUUGCAAUGAAUUAAAUUAUAAUUUUCUGUACAAAAUGUGUUUUCUACCUAA